AUGCGCUUACAACCACAAUCAGACAUGGCUUCGCGCACGGCUUUUCUUAUUUUCUUCGUGAAUCUUUUUGUGUCAUGGGUUUCUGCUGCUCCAUUGACUGGCGAGCGAGUUCUUGCUGUUAUAGAUGAGCAAGCUGAUAGUGCAAAAUACUCACAAUUUUUAACGGACCUUAGGGGAAGAGGUUAUGAUAUCAAACUCGAGUCCGCGAAGAAAGACACACUGGCGCUGUUUAAGCACGGAGAGAAAGCUUGGGAUCACCUUAUUCUGUUUCCAUCUAAGUUUAAAGGAUACGGACCCGCUCUUACUCCCCAGCAAUUGCUCGAGUUCACCAAGCUCGGAGGAAAUGUUUUGAUCCUCACUUCGCCCUCUACCAUCCCCGAACAGAUUCGUGAGCUCGCCCGCGAGCUCGACGUUGGUCUUCCCCCAAAGGACUAUAUUGCCGUUGACCAUUUCAACUAUGACACCGUUUCCAAAUCGGAGAAGCAUGACGUUAUCCUGGCCAGCCGGCCCGCCGUUUCUCCUGCCGUUCAUAACUACUUUAGUGGAAAGCAGGACGAUUUGAUUGCGUUUCGUGGUGCCGGACAUACUCUCGGCAACGGACCGUUGUUGGUUCCUGUCCUUACUGCCCCGAGAACUGCCUACACGUAUGAUAGAAAAGAGGAUUUUGCUUAUGCUCAGGAUCCCUGGGCAGCUGGUACUCAAAUGCAACUCGUUUCGGCCAUGCAAGCGCGAAAUAAUGCUAGAAUUACUCUCGUCGGAAGUGUUGACAUGUUCUCCAAUGAAUUCUUCGACAUGAAGGUCAAGGGGCCUAGAUCAACGGAACCACGGAAGACCGCCAACAAGGAGUUUUGCAAAGAUGUUGCCGCUUGGACCUUCGGGGAGAGGGGUAUCGUCAGGGUCAAUGCUAUCAGGCACUAUCUGUCUAAUGAGCCCGAUGCCCCUACAAACCCAAACAUGUACAGGAUCAAGAACGAUGUGACUUUUGAAAUUGAGCUUUCUGAGUACGAUAUCGACCGCUGGGUCCCCUUCAAGGUUCCUUCGGGCGAUAGCCUCCAGCUUGAGUUUAUCAUGCUUGAUCCAUACUACCGGGUUCCGCUUCUUCCUGCAUCUACUUCAUCCAACUAUACUACCUACACCACCUCUUUCAAAAUUCCGGACCAGCAUGGUGUUUUUGCCUUCAGAGUAAACUACAAGCGCCCAUACAUCACCUAUAUUGAUGAGAAGUAUAGUGUGACUGUUAGACACUUUGCGCAUGACGAGUAUACUAGGAGUUGGAAUAUUAGUGGUGCCUGGGUCUGGAUUGCCGGUAUUGUGGUAACUAUCACUGGGUGGAUUGUGUUCUGCGCCUUAUGGCUCUGGAGCGCACCGACUGCUGCUAGGGUGGGGUUGAAAAAGACGGAGUAA